GACGUUUGGCUUCGGUGGCCUCGUGGAGAGCGACGCGACGAAGAGUGCCAUCAAUGGAAAUCUUGGCAGAGACUGCAAGUGCCUGCACUUCUGGAACCGCCGAAACAGAGAGCUAACGCCGAGCCGUUUGCAAUUCAGCCAGACCUCAGCCCCAAGCAGGGUUCCCUGCUCGCGAUCUACGCCACACACUUAGCACACCAGAAGUUCCCAGUCUGUCUGCUGGAAGGCUCCUGCUGUGCUUUGGUACCCUUUAGCUCUCGAGCAUCCGGCACCAUGUGUCCGGAGCCGCGUAUGGACGAGCCAGCUGAAAAGCCAGCGAGUACGGGUUGA